AUGAAAAUAAUAAUAAUAAUAUUAAUAAUUUGUUUAAACUAUUAUAGUUUUUCAGCACCAAUUAAUCAAUCAUGUAAUAAUUUAUUUAAUCAAUUUCUUCAAUCAAAUGAUUGUAUUGUUGCAUCAGUUUCUGGUGUACAUAAAUAUAGUCUUGCUCAAGAAGGUUUAAAAGGUUUUCUCCAGGUUACAAGUGAUGGCAAGUUAAAUCAAACGGCUCCAUUUACUAGACUCCAAACCUAUGAAACUACUUGUUACAAAAACAAAUUACAACCAUUUAGUGUCCAUGAUGCUUUUUACACUAAAUCUUUUGUAAUUGAUAUUGCAAAUAGUUCAAUUCAAAUUGAUGGUGUGACUAAUAGUUUGUUUUGUGAUGACCAAGGUUUUGCUCAUUUUAUUCAAAAUGAUUUUUAUUAUUCUUUAAUUGUAAGAGGGACAGGAUCAAAAAAUUGUCCAUCUCUUCAAUUUGGUGAACCAUGUGGUAUUCCAGAUAAUGGAUUCAAGAUUACGACCAAGGUAGAGUUGGAGGAACAAUGGAAUUAUCCACAGGACCAAAGUAAAAUAGAGUACAAGUACAAGGUGACGGUGACCAAUAGUGAGACGUAUGCAGUGUCCAAUGUGAUUCUUGGAUUUGUUGGAGGUUGGACACCUGUUCAGAUUUGGUCCGUCAAUGUACAGGGUGAUACGGUUAGCUUCCCUGAUUGGUUGAGUAGUUUGGCUCCUGGUGCAAGUCAUGUGUUUGGUUUUACGUCGUUGGCUACUAAUCCUACUUUUAAGGUUGUUGGCUCGGUUAGACAGUAUAAUUCUUUUCCUGUUCUCUCCUAUCGGGAAGAGUACUCAGAAGUUACAAAGUUUUAUUAA